CUCGCAUAUGAAAAAUUGGGACUACCAUUCAUAACAAAAACAACGUGAAAUUUGAACCAGGCUAAGGCAAGGUUGCGAUUUGAUGUUUGAUUUGUGUUUUCGUGUUGACUAAGUGUUGACGUCAGGAAAGACAGAUAUUUAUUUUGGUCAUGGGCUUCCAUCACAACCAAUGUAUAUCUUGAGUGCUUGUCAUCGUAGAAUCUUAAAACACUUUCCGUAUUUUCUUAAUUUAUAUCAACCAACAAAUUUUCUGCAUAGAGCUCAACGACUUUGUUCCGAGUCAGUAGGCUCAGUGACUGUCAUGAAGAUUUUAAAUGUAGCCGAAAAAAAUGAUGCCGCCAAGAACAUAGCAAAUCAUCUUGGAGGUGGCAAUGUUCGUAGGAGAGAUGGCUUCAGUAAAUUUAACAAAAUUUAUGAGUUUGAUUAUAAUGUACGAGGACAGAAUUCUCAAAUGGUCAUGACAUCAGUGUCUGGUCAUAUGUUAGCACUUGAUUUCAAUGGACAAUAUCGGAACUGGCGGGGAUGCAACCCCCUCUCUCUGUUUGAUGCUCCAGUUGUCAGGUAUUGUCCAAAGGAUUAUGAAAACAUCAAGCGCACCAUUGAACGAGAAGUACGGAGUUGUCAGAUGCUUAUAAUAUGGACUGAUUGUGAUAGAGAAGGGGAAAAUAUAGGAUUUGAAAUUAUUGAUACCUGCCUGGCAGUAAAAGCAAAUCUGCAAGUGUUUAGAGCCAAGUUUUCAGAAAUUACAGCUCCAUCAAUUAGGAGAGCUAUUAAUACACUAGAGGCCCCAAAUAAGUUAUUGAGUGACGCUGUUUCUGUGAGGUCAGAGUUGGACUUACGAAUAGGUGCUGCCUUUACCAGGUUCCAAACUUUACGUCUUCAAAAAGUGUUUCCUCAAAAAUUAAAGGAGAAUUUAAUUAGCUAUGGUUCAUGUCAGUUUCCAACUCUGGGAUUUGUUGUGGAACGCUAUAAAUCUAUUGAACGGUUCAUUCCUGAACAGUUUUGGAAAUUAACUGUUAAUCAUACUAUAGAUGACUUGACUGUAGAGUUUUCAUGGAAAAGAGUAAGACUUUUCGAUGAACUUGCGUGCAAAGUUUUACUAGACACAGUUCAGGAAAGAACUGAAGCUGUUGUUGAAAAAGUAGUAAGCAAACCGAAAAGCAAGUGGAGACCGGUACCAUUGGAUACUAUUGAACUAGAAAAAUUAGGAUCGAGAAAGCUGAAAAUAAAUGCAAAAGAGACUAUGAGGGUUGCAGAACGGUUGUACACUCAGGGCCUUAUAAGUUACCCUCGUACAGAAACUAAUAUUUUCCCCAAGAAUAUGAAUCUUGGACAGCUUGUUGAGAUGCAAACUCAAGAUAAUCGAUGGGGAGCAUUUGCUCAGUCAGUACUAGCCGAAGGGCCAAACCCUCGUCAAGGAAAAAAGACUGAUGAGGCCCAUCCUCCUAUUCAUCCUACAAAAUAUACUGAUAACUUGCAGGGGAACGAAGGUAAAGUGUAUGAAUUUAUUGUUCGUCACUUUCUGGCUUGCUGUUCAAAAGAUGCCCAAGCACAUGAGACAAUUGUUGAUAUUGAUAUCAAUGGAGAAAAGUUUGUGGCAAGUGGUCUUAGAAUAAUAGCACGUAAUUACUUGGAUGUAUAUCCCUAUGAAAACUGGAAAGCAAAGGAAAUUCAUCCUUAUGAAGAGGCACAGCAUUUUCAGCCUUCUAAAAUUGAAAUGUCAGAUGGGAAUACUGCUGCUCCAAAACCUCUCACAGAAGCUGAUUUGAUUGCUCUUAUGGAAAAACAUGGCAUAGGCACUGAUGCAACUCAUGCAGAUCACAUAGAAACAAUAAAGAACCGUGCAUAUGUUGGAUUGGAUAAUAAUUACUUCCUACCAGGCGAACUAGGUCUUGGCCUUGUUGAUGGAUAUGAUAGCAUGGGUUUCUCUAUGUCAAAACCCAAUCUUCGUGCAGAAUUGGAGGCUGAUUUACAGAGGAUAGCAAAUGGUACCCGUGAUGCAAAAGAUGUAUUAGCAGACCAAUUAAGAAAUUAUCGAACAGUCUUUGAGCAGGCUUUAGAGCAGGCAGCAAAGAUAGAUAUUGCUCUGGCUCAGUAUUUAAAUGAAGAAAGGCAACCUGCAACUGAAGCUGCUGGUGCAAUGAUAGAGAUUGGUCACAAAAAAGUUUGUGUUUGCCCAUCAUGUGGGCAAGAUAUGGUUCUUAGAUCCAAAAAUAAUAAUCCUGGUUAUUUUAUUUCUUGCAUGGGUUUUCCUGAUUGCAUAAAAGCUAUUUGGUUUCCUAGUUUUGUUGAGCAUGCAGAUGUAUCUGAAGAACUUUGCAAUACUUGUAAUUCAAGGCCUCAGAAACUAAAGUUCCGAUUUAAGAGGGGAGCAUGUCUUCCACUUUAUCCAGAUAACUAUGAGGGCUGUGUUGGUGGCUGUGAUGUGACAUUCAUUGAUAAACUUUCCAUACGCCCUAUUUCUGAUUUAGCAGGAACAAAUUCUGUGGCACCAAGGCCUACUAUUGCUAACUUAGGGAAUAAUCAAAGGAAUCCUCCCAUUGCUAACAUAGGGAAUAAUCAAAGGAAUCCUCCAAGUCCUCCAAAUCGCAGCUCUGGAAUAUCAUUCAACAAUAGACAGCCUAAACCAACAAAUUCAGCAAGUGGAGGAAAUUCUGCCUCAAAUGCUUCAGGGCUCUUUCAAAAUAGACAAAACUCUGUCUCUUCUGAUAAUUUGGUUGUAUGUAAAUGUAAUAUUGAUGCAAUUCAACUAACAGUGCGUAAAGAUGGACCUAAUCAAGGAAGACAAUUUUAUAAAUGUGGUAACAAUGGCGGUUGUGACUUCUUUAUGUGGGCUGAUGAAAGUAAUCAUCCAGAGCCUAGCUCUACAAGGAACCAAGGAUCAUCGCGCCAAACUUCCCUCACAGACUUCAAUAACUUUAACAAUAAUGCUGAUGGCGAUGGUGAGGUUACAUGUCAAUGCGGUCAACCAGCAAAAAGCUGCACAGUGCAGAAAGAUGGACCUAACAAAGGUCGUCAGUUUUACGCAUGUCCUAAACCUAGAGAGUCUCAGUGCAACUUUUUCCAAUGGGCUGAUAGCCCAGAUGGUGGUUCAAACUAUGGGGGAGGUAGAGGUAGUGGAAGAGGCGGAGGCGGAGGCGGAGGCAGAGGCAGAGGAAGAGGAAGAGGGGGAGGACCUGACAGAGGUGGCAGCAAUAACAAUUCCAAUAAUUGGUCUAGAGGAGCAUCCAGUAGUAGUGGAAGAGGUGGAAGCAAGACUGCAGCUGGUGGUAGUAAAAGGAAGUGUGGGGCUUGCGGUCAAGAAGGACAUACAAGACCAAAAUGUCCGAACAUGUAAUGUUACAUCAGUGAAAAUAUGUGGCUUUUGUGGUAAUAAACAAACCGAAUUAAUUAUGAA